AUGGGGUUAAACAGGUUCUCUCUAGCAGUUGUGGUGAUGAUGAUGAUUAAUGCCAUGCUUCCAUUAGAAGGGUGUUUAGAGGAAGAAAGGAUUGCUCUUCUGCAAAUCAAGACUUCCAUGGUUGAUCCAAAUCAUAUGGGAUUUGGAUCCCCGCUACUCUCCUGGGGAGAGGAUGCUCUCUGUUGUAAUUGGGCAGGAGUUACCUGCGAUUCCAUUACAGGACGAGUUAUCGUAAUCUUUCUUUACAACGCAAGAGGUUGGUUCAUAGAUCCUUCAAAGGGAGUUUGGGACCGAAAUGCUUCAAUGGGAGAUUGGUACCUAAAUGCAACUAUGUUUCUUCCCUUCCAAGAACUCAAUAUUCUUGGCUUGAGUAAUAAUGAUAUAGCUGGCUGUGUUCCGAAUGAAGGUUUCGAAAGACUAUCAAGACUUACCAAAUUGGAGUCUCUCUAUUUAGGACUCAAUAACUUCAACAAUAGCAUUCUAUCAUCCUUCAAAGGCCUUUCUUCUCUUAAACAUCUAUAUCUUGAGAGUAACCAAUUGAAAGGAUCAAUAGAUAUCAAAGGCUCUGGAGGACCAUCAAGGCUUAACAAAUUGGAGACUCUUGACUUAAGCUCAAAUAAAAUCAACGAUAGCACCUUAUCAUUUCUUGAAGGGCUUUCAUCUCUCAAACAUCUAUAUCUUAAUAACAACCAGUUGAAAGGAUCAAUAAAUAUGAAAGGCCUUUGUGAGUUAAAACAACUCCAGGAGCUUGAUAUCAGCUACAACGAUCUCAAUGGUCUGCCUUCUUGUCUCACAAAUUUAAACAACCUUCAAGUUUUAGAUAUCUCUUUCAACAACUUUUCUGGGAAUAUAUCCUUGAGCCGCAUUGGAAGUCUCACAUCCAUUCGAGAUCUAAAACUGUCAGACAAUCACUUCCAAAUACCAAUCUCACUUGGCCCAUUUUUUAACCUUUCAAACCUCAAGAAUUUGAAUGGUGACCAUAAUGAGAUAUACGAGUCAACAGAGCUGGUACACAAUUUGAUUCCAAGGUUCCAGUUACAGAGGCUUUCUUUGGCAUGUCAUGGAUUCGGUGGGACAUUUCCGAAAUUCCUUUACUAUCAGCAUGACCUUCAAUUUGUUGAUCUCUCACACAUCAAAAUAAUAGGAGAAUUUCCAAGCUGGUUGUUACAGAAUAACACAAAACUUGAAGCGCUUUAUUUGGUCAACAGUUCUCUUUCAGGAUCUUUGCAAUUACCAAAUGAUUCCCAUGUGAAUUUGUCACGUUUAGAUAUCUCAAGAAAUCACAUCCAAAAUCAAAUUCCCACUAAAAUUGGGGCAUAUUUCCCGUGGUUAGAGUUUUUAAACCUGUCUAGAAAUUAUUUCAGUGGUAGCAUUCCCUCUUCGAUAAGCAAUAUGAGCUCAUUGGGAGUCUUGGAUUUGUCCAAUAAUGGCUUGUCAGGCAACAUACCCGAGCAGUUGGUUGAAGGCUGUUUAUCAUUACGUGGUCUCGUGCUUUCAAAUAAUCAUUUGAAAGGCCAGUUUUUCUGGAGAAGUUUCAACUUAGCAUACUUGACCGACCUGAUAUUAAGUGGGAAUCAGUUAACAGGGAUUCUUCCAAAUAGCUUGUCUAAUGGUUCUAGAUUGGAAGCAUUGGAUGUCAGUCUCAACAAUUUAUCUGGUAAGAUACCGAGAUGGAUAGGGUAUAUGUCUUCUCUUCAAUAUUUAGACCUUUCAGAGAACAAUCUUUAUGGAAGUCUACCGUCCAGCUUUUGUUCUUCAAGGACGAUGACAGAAGUUUAUUUAUCUAAAAAUAAACUAGAAGGAUCACUGAUUGGUGCACUCGAUGGCUGCCUGUCGCUGAAUAGAUUAGAUCUGAGCCAUAAUUAUUUUGGAGGUGGCAUUCCCGAGUCAAUUGGUUCUUUGUUAGAGUUGAGCUUUCUUCUUUUAGGUUAUAAUAAUCUAGAAGGUAAAAUCCCAAGCCAACUCUGCAAACUAGAGAAAUUAAGCUUGAUUGAUCUUUCUCAUAAUCAUCUGUUCGGUCAUAUUCUUCCAUGCCUACAACCUACCAGCAAGUGGCAGAGGGAAAGGGAAACAUCUUUAAAUCCUUCAGGCAAUUCUCUAGGUCGUGAGAACAGGGGACCACAGAUAGUAUUUCCUGUUCCCGCCGUGGAAGACCCUUCUAUGAAUAAAUCUGUAGAGUUUACAACAAAGAGCAUAUCCUAUUCAUUCAAGGGAAUCAUCCUCAAGUACAUCUCCGGUAUCGAUCUCUCCUGCAACAAUUUGACAGGAGAGAUUCCUGUUGAGCUUGGAAACCUCAGCAACAUCCAGGUGUUGAAUCUAUCCCAUAAUAGUUUAACAGGUCCAAUACCACCUACAUUUUCAAACUUAAAGGAAAUUGAAAGCCUGGAUCUUUCCUACAACAACUUGAACGGGGAAAUUCCUCGUCAGCUUCUCGACUUAUACUUCCUAUCUGCUUUCAGUGUAGCCCACAAUAACUUAUCAGGCAAAACGCCAGAGAUGGUUGCACAAUUCUCAACAUUCAACAAGUCUUGCUAUGAGGGAAAUCCGUUGCUUUGUGGACCACCACUCGCCAGAAAUUGUACUAGAGCAUUACCGCCAUCACCGCUGCCAAGGUCUCAGACUCAUAAAAAAGAAGAAAAUGGCGUUAUUGAUAUGGAGGCUUUCAUUGUGACAUUUUCAGUGGCAUACAUCAUGGUCCUGUUGACAAUAGGUUCAGUUCUGUACAUAAACCCACGUUGGCGACGAGCAUGGUUUUACUUUAUUGGGGAGAGCAUCAAUAAUUGCUAUUACUUUCUUGUGGACAAUCUACCUGUGCCAGCCAGGUUCAGACGAUUUCAGCCUUGUGUCUAAAAUGAUGUAUGGAAUUUGCAGACAUGUAGGCGAUUGACAAACUGAAUUUCGUUGGAUGAAGGUAAGAAAAUCUCCGCAAGUAAUAUUUUCGUUAUGUGCUUCUAGGACUUGCAUGGUGCUCAAUUGUCUAUGGAGCUAGAAACAAAGAAACAUCAAAGUUCAUAGUGGGACUGGUGCCUCCGGAAGCUCUGCCAAGGUCCGGGUCAAGAUUCAAAUGGUUUGAUGUACGCUUGAUAAUUCCAGAUUUCCAAUAUUUUUAGUAAUCAUGAUCAAAUCUAAGGAGUUGAAAUUUUAGAUUUGAAUUUUAU